AUGCUUAUUGAUGAAACAUACUAUGAUGUGAAAACGUCUUAUGGUACUACCAUGAGAUUGUUUGUAUACCAUCCUAAAAUCUUAAACUACCCCAAUGCUAAAUUUCCAGGUGUAGUUGUAUAUUCGGAAAUUUAUCAGGUAACUGGGCCAGUGUCCAGAUUUGCCAAGGAUAUCGCUGGACAAGGAUUUAUUGUAGUUGCACCACUGAUCUAUCAUAACUUUGAAAGCUAUGAAGCAUUGGCUUAUGACGUCGAAGGAACCGAUAAGGGUAAUAAGUACAAGGUGGAAAAAGAAUUGAAAAGUUAUGAUGAAGAUAAUAAAUUGGCUGUUGACUACUUGUUAUCGUUACCAACAUGUAAUGGAAAAAUUGGACUGACUGGUAUGUGUCUUGGCGGACAUUUAGCAUUCAGAGCAGCUUUAGAUCCCAGAGUUUCAGCAGCAGUAUGCUUUUUUGCAACUGACAUCCAUGACCAUGCUUUAGGUAAGGGCGAAUCGGAUGAUUCGUUAGCAAGAUGUUCAGAGAUCAAGGGGGAAAUUAUAAUGAUAUUUGGUUGUAAGGAUAAUCAUGUUCCAUUAGAGGGAAGAGAUUUGAUUAGAAGUAAGUUGAGAAAUGCAGAUGUAGAGAUGACUUUUAUCGAAAUCAACGACGCGCAACAUGCUUUCGUUAGAGAUGAAAUGAGUAAGGGCAGAUACGACCCAGCAACCACCAAGAGUUGUAUGGAAUGGCUAUUUGAGUUAUUCAACAGGAAAUUGAAAUUAGAAUAUGGCGAACCUGACGGGAAAAAGGUUGAGAUUGAAAAUGUUUGUUGA